CCAUUCCCUUGAGAAGAGCUCUCUCUACAUAAACGCAUAAGUUGGCAGCAUCAAUAUCCUAUCCGAAGAAGAUGGGUCUGUCUCUUUUGUUGCCAGUUUAUGCUGGUAAACGAGCCCGCCCGGCUUUGGCCUUGAGCAGAGAGAAGAGUUGUACGUUUUGGACGCUAUUUGUCUCUUAUAAUUGAUAUAGUUUGCAGUUGAACUGCAUUGAAACUUUAAAAGACUUCAGAUAACCAACCGUUCUUGUCCUCCUUGCUGGAAGAGAUGCCUUCAAAGGCCCAUUGCAUUGUAUUAUUGCUACUUCUAGUGUUUCUCCAUGAGGCUGCUGGAUUAAAAACAGCUAAGAAAAAACCUGCCCCGCCAGCUAAAAAGCCCGGGUAUGGCAAAACACCAGUGAAAGGCAAUGGUGAUUCAGCUAUUUUCGACGUCCUUUCUUAUGGAGCCAAGGGAGAUGGAGUCACUGACGAUACAAAGGCAUUCAUGGCGGCAUGGCAAGCUGCGUGUAGUGUGGAGUCUGCACAGAUUGUCAUUCCGUCUGAAUUUCGGUUUCUGGUUGGGCCCAUUACGUUUUCUGGACCUUGUCAGCCCAAUAUCAUUUUUCAGAUCGAAGGGACCAUUAUAGCGCCCACCAAUGCUCGAAUAUGGGGCUCUGGUUUGCUACAGUGGAUGCAAUUCAUCAAACUGAAGGGCAUUACAAUCCAGGGAUGUGGUGUCAUCGACGGCCAGGGAUCAGUUUGGUGGGAUGUUUCUGAUGGAUCAUAUGAGUUAAGCAGUAGGAAGACCAAGAGUGCGAGAAUGCCAAGCAUUAAGCCCACUGCUUUGAGAUUUUAUGGAAGUUUCGAUGUUACCGUCCAAGGGAUAACAAUUCAGAACAGCGCACAGUGUCACCUUAAGCUUGACAGUUGCACUUCUGCCAAAAUUUUCAAUGUCACUAUAUCUUCUCCCUGUGAAAGCCCUAAUACAGACGGAAUUCAUCUGCAAAAUUCUGAAGACAUUGAAAUACAUCACUCAACAAUGGCAUGCGGGGAUGACUGUGUGUCAAUACAAACAGGGUGCGCAGAUAUCCGAGUGCAUAACAUCAAUUGUGGCCCUGGGCAUGGCAUCAGCAUUGGAGGACUCGGAAAAGAUCAAACAAAAGCCUGCGUUUCAAAUAUCACAGUCUAUGAUAGCUAUAUUUCGGAUGCAUUAAACGGUGUUCGAAUAAAGACAUGGCAGGGAGGAGUGGGAUCUGUGAAAGGAGUUUCAUUCUCGAACAUAGAGGUGUCGAACGUAAGAGUUCCAAUUGUGAUCGACCAGUUUUACUGCGACAAAAGGUUAUGCCGGAACCAGACAGCAGCAGUGGCCAUUGCGGGCGUGAAAUACGAGAAAAUCAGAGGGACUUAUGUAACAAAAGCUGCUCAUCUUGCAUGCAGCGAUAAUGUUCCAUGCACGGACGUCACGUUGACAGGAAUCGAGCUUGAACCCGUCGCAAAAAUUCUGCAGCAACCUUUCUGUUGGAAAACCUACGGCGAAACGGAGACGCCCACUAUUCCGCCGAUAUAUUGCUUACAUUCCGGCAACCCUUUCAAAAAUGGACGUGUACAGUCCCAUCGGGAUUCUUGCUAGACCCUCACAUGUUACAUUCUCCUUCAUACUUGUACAUUCUUCCUCCUCGCCGCCUCACGGGAAAUAAUUUUGUUCUUUUCAAAGAUAUCAAAUGGAAUUAAAUAAUUAUGAGCUUAGAUUGAGAAAUACAAAUGACAGGUUACAACGA